CGGACGGGUCCGAGAUGACAAAAUCACGUGUAAGAAAGGCCAGGAGUAGGAUUCCGCAAGGCUUCUGUGUUUAAUGUAAAGGGAAAAUCAGGGUCAUACAAAACGGGGAGACUGUGGAUCAGAUUUAAACAACUGGGCUGCACGGUUUUCCUCUCCCAACUUCCGAGAGCGGUUUGACCACGCUUUGAGCUAGUGCAUGGUAAUUGUUUCGGCUGAUCACAGACUGGAGGGAUCACUCGCAGAGAGGGGACGCUAUAUUAACUUAAAAGGAAUGAAAGAACUUCGAUGAAGGCGAUUUUUCAGUAAAGUAACCUAAUGGUUUCGCGAUAGAAAUCCGAGAACGAGAUUAAUUAUUUUUAUUUUCAAUCACGCUUCUUUGGCAUAGUUUUUGGGGAUCGCUGGAGACUAUCUGAACCUGGAAGUGAAGAAUCCGCAUGGUGCUGCAACAGUGAAAGUUGAGAGUUCUACGGGAUUUCCUAACAGGCCAGACGUGAUGAUGGUGGAAUCGGCGACCGAGACCGUCCGAACCGCCUCCUCCAAUCAGAAUGGAGCCGGCGGCCCGGGCUGCCAAUUGGACGGGGGAGGGGGCGAGGGCGGGUCCAAGAGCGACGCCAACGGAGAGAGCGGGCACCUGGAACUGCUCCAGCUCCAGCAGCAGCAGGCCCUGCAGGCUGCACGCCAUUUUCUCCUCCAGCAAGCCACUGGACUCAACUCUCCCAGCAGCAAUGAAGUGAAGGUCCCUGUCUCCAUGGCAAUGAUGACCCCCCAGCUGAUGGUUCCUCAGCUGCAGCAGAUUCUGGCCCCCCCACAGCUGCAGGCCCUCAUGUUGCAACAGGUGCAGGAAUACUAUAAGAAACAGCAGGAACAGCUCCACCUUCAACUCUUAUCUCAGGGAGGAAAGUCAACAAAAGAGCAGUUGGGAUCUGGCUCUCCUCUGGCAUUCCAGCAGCAGCUGAUCCAGAUGCAGCAGCAGCACUUUCUCAACCUGCACAGACAGCAGAGCCUGGGGCUACACAACCUGCACCAAGCUGUGAGUCCAGCUGACUUGCAGAAGCUGUGGAAGGAUGUGGUGACCAUGCAGAGUGCCGAAGACGCAGUGAAACACACCGGCCUGGACCUGAGCGCCAACAGCUCCAACUCUACCUCAUACUCCUCCAAGGCCUCCCUGCACACAUCCCAUCAUGCACUGCCAAAUGGACACAGCUCUGUGCAAACCCAGAAGAGAGAGAGCCCUCUCCACGAGGAGCAGACAGGCUCGAACCCUCUGUACGGGCACGGCGAGUGCCGAUGGCCAGGGUGUGAGGCUCUCUGUGAAGAUUGGGGACAGUUCAUCAAGCACCUGAACAGAGACCACGUCCUGGACGACCGCAGCACGGCCCAGUGCAGGGUGCAGAUGCAGGUCGUGCAGCAGCUGGAGAUCCAGCUGUCUAAGGAGAGUGAGCGUCUGCAGGCCAUGAUGGCUCACCUGCACAUGCGCCCGUCGGAGCCGAAGCCUUAUAAACAGCCUGUGAAUAUGGGCACUAGUGCCUUGUUGUUGAAGCGGGACUGCCAGACUGUCCCAGAGGGAUUACCACACCCCCCCACCUCGGCCGCCACGCCCAUCACCCCGCUCCGCCAGGGCCCGUCCGUCAUCAGCUCCACUGGCCUGCAGAGCGCCGGGGCCAUCCGCCGCCGCAGCGCUGACAAACUGUGCACCCCCAUCGCCUCGGAACUGGCUCAGAAUUGGGAAUUCUACAAAAACGCUGAUGUCAGACCCCCCUUCACGUAUGCGUCACUCAUUCGACACGCUAUACUGGAGGCGCCGGAUAGGCAGCUGACUCUCAACGAGAUCUACAUCUGGUUCACCAGGAUGUUUGCGUACUUCAGGAGAAACACGGCCACGUGGAAGAAUGCUGUUCGGCACAACCUGAGUCUGCACAAGUGCUUCGUGAGGGUGGAGAACGUGAAGGGGGCUGUGUGGACCGUGGACGAGUCCGAGUACCAGAAACGGAGACCGCCAAAGAUGUCCGGAAGCCCACUGGUGAAGAAUGUGAUGUCUGGAUUAGCUUUUGGAUCACCCAGUGCCAGUUACAAGGCCUCUCUGUUGGAGAACAGUCUCUCCCUCCAGUACAGCCCCGCCCUGCUGCAGGCCUCUCCCCAGGCUGCCCUCAGCACGCUGUACAUGGGGCAGGAUGAUGUCACCAGCACUGUGGAGCAGCUCCAUAGCAACGACAGCAGCUGCAGCACCAGCCCCUCCCCUCAGCCUCUGGGGUGGCAGACUGCAGUGAAGGAAGAUGCCACUGAGGUCACGGAGGUCGCGAGACUUGCGCCGCUCACGGCAACCGUUGCUCAGAACCUGCUGUUGCCUGGAGACGAGGGAGAGCAGGACCAGGACCAGGACCAGGACCAGGACCAGGACCAGGAGGAGCAGCCUCUGACUGAGGAGGCAGAUUAGAGAGGGAAGGAGUCAGGAGGAGGAGCAGCCUCUGACUGAGGAGGCCCGUUAGAGAGGGACGGAGUCAGGAGGGAUCUUCUGUGGAACGCCCUGUUCCCCCUCAGCAUUAAAAUCAAGAAACACACAAAAUAAAAAAUACUAAAAAAACGAAGAGAGAAGCCCUCACCUGUUCUUAUGCCCAGCUGUCAUAAUGCAACACUCCAGAAUACUGAUGCAACAUCCUUUCGUUUUAGAGAGAACUCUUUCUGUGUACGUGAAAGUAUGCCCGUGUCUCGCAUGGUGACGAUGCUCACCAGUCAUUGGGAAGACCGCACCCUGGAGGACCCUCACAGAUGGCCCUGUCAUGUGAGCCUGUCACCGUCUCGUCCCGGAAGCAUCUGAGAUGUCUUAAACAAACGGCUGUGGGUCGGGCUGGUUUGAAGAUUCACAGGGAACCUGUACGUUUUGGAAAUCCUUCUCCAAGUUGUCUCUCCCACAGACAUGGUUUUGUGUUUGGGGCAAAAAGGAAGGAUUAAAGGACUUUUCAGAAUUACCUCAAAAAUGUGCUUAAACAAAAAUCACAGAGACACAUUGGAGACCAAGAAGAAUAAGUGUUAUUCCUGGCAUUUAUAUGAAUUUAUACUUUUCUUUUUUCUUAUUGGGAAGAAGUGUGAGUUGUUUAAACUGUGGGGGAAUGGACAACAGGACCCCUGACACAGCACCAGGCCAUGUCCCUGGGGUUCCCCUUCUUUUACAUUUCCCUCCUGUGGAUCCGGUGCGUGGGACUGCUCUCAUUUUUCUGUUCCUGGAUUAGGGAAAGGCUCACUUCUGAAGAUUUAAAAAAACAAAGGCUUCUUUCAUCUGAAAAACCUCAUCAGAUUGGACAGUGUCUGCUCGCACCAGAAUUUGAGCAUGAGACAUGGAAUCUGUUUUUGUUUCAUUAACGGACAUUAGGAAGAACUGUGCGAUGGCACCAUUCUGAAGGUUUCGCGGUCUUUCUUCAUCCAAAGCAUAACUGAAGCAUUUUUCUAUUCAGACUCUGUCUGUUAAAGCUGGAGUCACUGCCAAGCUUUCACUGAAGCAACCACUGUGGGUGAUCACCAAACUGGGACUUCAAAUUGUAUUUUCAUUUUUUGUUAUUUUCUUUAGUCUUUUUUUCCUUCUAGGUUGAGCAUGGAUGAGCAUAGCAUAUCUCUGGUCACCGCCAAUUUUUUAAAGCCAAUUAGGUUUAUGCCAACUGCUUGUUCUCAGCCAUUCCAGACUUUGGUGAUUGCAGUUUUGAUUUAUUUAACCUUUAUUUAAUGAGGAAAUCCCAGUAAAAUAUAGAAUUACACAUGAGACUUGGCCAAGAGUGCAGCACAACAAAUAGAAGCAGAAAAUGUCCAAAAACAGACGUGAAUGAUGCAGGGGACAGAAGGGGUAGUGGUAGAGUAGCGCUGUAACUUCGGGCUGUGGUCUGCGUCUACGCUUGGCCUCAGCAGCCAGGUAAAGGUGAUCACCUUCUGCAGACCUCAUGGUGAUAUGCCUGCUUUUUAUUAUUCUUAUCAUUUUCUUCUUCUUUUUUUAACAUCAGCUGUGAUUCAAAGACGCAUCCAUGAAGCUUUAAGGACAUCUCUGUGGUCCAUUCCUCACAGACGAGCUGGAAUUGUGUUAAGUGUAUGGGAAUUAAAGGGGAUUUUUGGGGGGUUUUGUUUGUGGGUUAACCGAUAUGCCAAGUCUUUCUUACUGUAUGGAAUCAGAGGUGGCGUACCAUGUAACAUUGGUGAAGUUGUUUGUAAUUCACUAUACGUGAGUUGUAUGGUCUAGAUUUCUGUACAAAGUAUGCAUUAAGCAUAUCUUUCUUUCUGCAAUGUCAUACCAAAUUACAUUUUAUUUGUAAUUUUCUUUGUUAAUUUUUUUCAUUUAUUUUCCCAGUUAAAAUUUAUCAGUUUUGAAAGGUUAAAAGUUACCAAAGAAACACGAGGUAAACCAAAAGCCUUUGGUUUUGUCCCAUUGCUUCCAAAAGCGGAAUACUGUCUAAAAUAAUCCACUUUUUUGUUUCUUUUUUUUUAUUGUUUAUAUAUAUAUACUGUAUUAUGAUUUACUUGUCCAUUGCAUACAGUAUAGAUCAUUCCAAAGUAUAUAAAAUGCAGAAGAGAAUAUUUAUGGUUGCUAAAAUACUGGUUGUCUAGAUUAGAGCAAUGCAAAACAAGCAGGGUAAUGGGGCCAAGCAGGUAGUCAGUAUUACAACCUCCAGCUCCUAAAAAUGACAGAAAGCACUUAAAUCUAGCUGGGGCUGCAGCUCUGUCCUCCAGAAUACAAUACCCUUUCAAAGCACUUGACUAAAAAAAAACCUCUGCCCAGAAAACACAAAUAAUUGGUUGAAAGUGAUUGGUUGGAGUUCUGAAAGCAUUUCGCCAAAUUUCAUGAACCCUCAUUCUCUGAUCAGUGACCGAAGAUGUUUGGUAAUGGGAGGGUUGUUACUUUGAAUGUUUAUCUAAUACUUUUAUUCAGACGAAUCAUCUUAUCAAUUCAACGCUAAAAAGAUAAUCAAUGUUUUAUACUUUUGUAAGUUUAAAGCAGUUUCAUGACGGAACUGAAAAGUGGUGCAGUUAUGUAUUUGGCUCGCCAUAAUACAACUCACUUUUGCAAUGGGCCUACAGUGAGCCAGAUGAUGUCAUACCACUUGAAAUCACACAAAUUAUUUCUAUGCUCACAAUAAACACACUGCAAAAAAAGACUACCUCUGAAAAUGACCAAGCGCUGUAAAAAAAAAAAAAAAAGGAAAAAGUUAAACACUUGUGCUAAACUUCUUUUUUAAACAUACAGUGCAGUCCAUAAGUAUUCGGACAGUGAUGCAGUUUUUAUUUUAUAGUGACACUGUACAUUAUUUGAUGGUCAGCUUUGGGGGUAUUUACAUCCAUAUCAGGUGAACCUCCUGGGAACUACAGACCUCGCAUAUACAGACAUCGCAUGCAAAGGAUUUGCAACCAAUCACUAAAUAUGAUAACUUUAUUUAAGAUGAUGUUAAUUUGUCCAAUUACUUUUGGUACCCAUAAAAUGGUUGAACUUUGUAAGAAAAGGGCUGCCAUACCUGCAAAGUACACCCAAUAUGGAUGUAAUUAGCCACAAAUUGAAAUUGACAGUGCACAUUAACCUCACAUUCAUUGUUUCGUUUCAAAUCUAGGGUCCUGUAGCACAGAUCAAAAAUUGUGUCGCUGUCCCAAUACUUACAGGCUGAACUGUAUAUGCAGGAUACUGCCAUCUGGCUUGUAGCAUGAAGCCCUCUGUGUAGGCAAAGCAGCGCCGAUUAGAAGAUAAAGAAGGCUCGCUUUAAAAUCGGCAAGACUGGGAUCGACAAUUCCUUAGAACAGAAUCCAAGGUAGCGGGCAGUCAUCACCUUGUCUGAGAAUGCAAUGGACAAAUAUUAAUUUGGAGCAUAGAGGUUUUGAGGAGCCUAGAGUUUUGGAGGGGUCUGUUUAGUUGCAGCCUUUCAUACUGGCAUGUAUGCAUGCGGGGUGACUAGUAAAUACAGUACGAACAGUGUUGUAGCAGGAUGUUGGGCGGUAAAUUAGAAGACCAGACCUCGUUCAGUUCCCUUGUCUGGCUCUUCGACCCCCAAAAACCCCGGGUUACCAUGACAUUAAUUGAAAGGAUAGGCAUUAUAGUCAAUGUAUUAUUUUGUUUUGAUAGCGUUGCAAAUGAAAACGCGCUGAAUGUAACUAUUGAGUCAAUGAAUAACGUUAGCUUUUUAAAUCCACACAAUACUGGACAAAUGCUUUAAUGGCUGUCUCGCGCCUCUAGGUAUUGAAGUAUAAGUAGGAAGGUUUUUUGUUGGGGUGAUAUUAAUUGGUACAGUAGCUAGUUUGGUGGUUCUCGAAUAGCUUUUUUUGUCCGCUGGAACAUGGUUCAGCUUCUGAAUGGUAGACUGUCAGCGUGAGAGGAACUUCCUGGGUGCGUCCCAAUGUGCAGAAAAUGCAUCCUCCUUUCCUCCACUCAAUUCCUCCUCCCAAACUUCCAGAUCGGAGGAGUGUGCGGAAAAAAGCAGGUUCUAUUUCUUCGAGUAUGGGGACGCACCCACUAUCUGCGUCUGCUGGCCUUGCGCAGGUGAACAAAGCAAGUACCUUACUUGGAAACGCUGUUUCCAUGGCAGCCUUCAAUCACGCUGCAGGCUGCAACUGUUAAAGUUCUUUAGGAGAUGUUGACUGACAUCUUUCGAUUGUUUAAAUAGAUCAUUAUUAUUUUUUAAGAAACUACUCCUUCUUGACAUUUCUUGAUGUAUUGUUGUAUAUUAGCGCUUGGUCUGACUCUGGCUUCAUUUUAGAAUCUGUUAUUUUAUGGGUCUUUAGCUAUUGUAAACUUUGAACUCUUCUCCUACACCUUAUUGCCUAAGCAUAAGUGUAUGUAUGUAUCAUGACAUGCUACAGGUUACAUAUUGUCUUGUUUGUUUGUUUCAUAACACGUCUGGGACGAUGAGGACAUUUUUUAAGUGUAUUACCUUAAAAAAUACAAAUAAAAGUUCCUUGAUUCUUGAUUUA